AUGAGUCCUUAUCUUACAAACGGACGCUCGCCGUCACCCGAUGAGCCUGUCAAGUUUGGGCCUGGCACCAAGGUUGCCGUCGUCGGCGCUGGAGUGAGCGGCAUCUGCACAGCCGCUUAUCUCCUCAAGAACGGAGCCGAUGUAACCGUCUUUGAACGAUCUGGGGUCACGUCCGGGGUAUGGCACUACGACGACAGGGCACCGACGACUACAAAGUACCCCAGCGAGAAGCCUUCGGCCGGCGACUAUGUGACUUCACUGCCUGGGCAGUUCCUACCAAAGACUGCCGACUUGAAAGCCAAGAACGGGGACAGUGCUCAUCCCCUCGAAAGCGAGGACUCUGAGACUCGUGAAGUCUCCUUUUCUCCACCGGGUCCGGCCUACUUUGGCCUACGAAACAACGUCCCUACAAGUCUACUCUACAGCAACCUUGGACCUUGGCCGAAAGGAACCGAGGAUAUUACCAGCCACGUCAACAUCCAAGACUAUCUUCAAGGACUCAGCAAGGAACACGGUGUUGAUGACGUGACGAUCUUCAACACUCGAGUCGAGGACGCCCAAAAGAGUGAGGAUGGAUCCCACUGGGCGAUAAGGACGAUAACCCACCUCAAAGGUGACGGCCAACCCCGAUUCCUCGAGAGAAACUGGAAAUUCGACGCUUUGGUCGUGGCAUCCGGUCACUACAACCUCCCUCGUAUCCCUGAUACACCUGGCCUUGCUGAGUGGAAGGCUCACUUUGGCGAUGCUAUCAUCCACACUAAGCAAUAUCGUCGCCCGGAAAAAUACGCCGGCAAGACGGUGCUCGUCAUUGGCGGUGGUGCUUCGGCAUAUGAUGUUUGUCGGGAGACGAGCGAGACUGCCAAGCGCGUGAUUCAGUCAACAAGGGGUGGUGAUUUCGAUUUGCCGCCUGCCAUGUUCCCAGAGUCUGUUGAACAUGUCGGUGGUAUUGAAAAGUUUGUCCUGGAGAAGGAUGAGUCUGAUGCUUCGGCGCCUGUGAAGAGCUACAUCUUGCUGAAGAACGGUGAGAAACUAGAGGGCGUCGAUGGUAUCGUCUUGGCGACUGGGUAUCUCACCUCUUAUCCUUUCCUCUCGCAAUACCAUGGAGAUGAUGUGCCUACGGACGAAGCAACGGAUGAUAUUCUCAUCACUUCAGAAGGAAACAUGGUGCACAACCUACACAAGGACAUCUUUUACAUUGAAGAUCCCUCACUCUCCUUCAUCGGUGUUCCUUACUACACGGCAACAUUCUCCCUCUUUGACUUUCAAGCCCAGGCUCUCGCACGAGUGCUGACAGGAAAGGUAACACUCCCAAGCCGUGCGUCAAUGAGGAAGGAAUACGAGAACCGCGUUGCACUCAAGGGACGUGGGCGGAAAUUCCACAGUUUGGCCGACGACGGUCUCGAGGUCGACUAUGUGAACGAUUUGCUGGAGUGGGUCAACUCGAGCCUUGUAGAUGACAAGACUGAGCCUCUGCUGGGGCAUUCCAAGGAGUGGCUUGAUACGUAUAGGACGGCGAGGGAGCAGAGAAAGUUGUUGCGUGUGGCCAAGGGUGUCGAGCCAGAGGGACUUUGGGCGAGGCCGAGUGACCUAGCGCAGGCUUAA